AUGACGUCGGCUCGCGUGUGCCUGAGGACCGGUCUGUGGGCCGCCUGCGCCAUCGCCGUCUUCCUGCGGGCAGCCGGCGCGGUCCCGCGGCAGCUCAACGAGGGCGACAGGUGCCGGGACGGCGGCGCCUCCGGGCGGUGCGUGGCGGUGGGUGCCUGCGCCUCGGCUAGGCGCGCCCUGAGGCAGCGGCGCCCGCCGCCCGCGCGCUGCGGCUUCGUGGGCGACCAGGAGGUGGUCUGCUGCACCGAGGCCGCCAACGUCGUGGUCGGUAGCGCCGGGGGCGGCCGCCGCGGGGACCGCUUCCGCGGCAACGGCCUCGACUACGACGACCCGCGCCGCGACGGCGGCGGCGGCGGCGACGACGACGACGACGACGACGACCGUGACGAGCGCGACGGCAGCGCCGCGACGGCGGGCAGCCGCGACUUCCGCCGCCGGCAGCAGCCGGCCGCCUCGAAGCGGCGCAGCGACGCCGAGUGUGAGGUCUACAAGGCGAUCCAGAACGGCCCCACCAACCACAUCCUGGGCGGCCACGAUGCCCGGGACGAAGAGUUUCCGCACAUGGCUGCCCUCGGCUACCAGGUGCCGGGCAAGAAGGAGCUCAGCUGGCUGUGUGCCGGCUCCCUCAUCAGCGAGCAGUACGUGCUGACGGCGGCGCACUGCUGCAACAACAGGGACAGACCGGCGCCAGUCAGGGUGCAGCUGGGCACGGCCAACCUGAGCUCCUCCAGGGCCGGCAGCACGCGCUACGGCAUCAGCGACAUCGUCAUCCACGCGGACUACAGCAGGUCCUCCUACAGGGCCGACAUCGCGCUGCUCAGGCUGGACAGGAGGGCCUCGUUCAGCAGGACCGUCUCUCCGGCCUGCCUCUACACCAGGGGCGGCGACCCGCCGGCCGCUCUGAUCGUCACUGGCUGGGGGGCCACCAACCCCCUGGGUACAAAGCAGAGUCGAGUUCUGCAAGAGGGCACCGUCCGGUCGCUUCCCUUCUCACGUUGCCAGCAGUACAAGCAGAGGUUCCCAGAAGGCCUCGAUUCGUCUGUUAUCUGCGCUGGUGAUCCACAAGGAGUGGUUGCCAUCUGUGACGGUGAUUCUGGGGGUCCCCUCGUUGCAAAGGAAGACACCUUUACCUACUCGAUCGUCGGAAUAACCAGCAUAGGACCCAGUCCAUGCGGCGGAAACAUCCCGAGCCUCUACACCCGUGUUUCCAGCUACAUUGACUGGAUAGAAAAAUACGUCUGGCCAUAGAAUCAUUGGUUCUUCUGUAUGGUUCUUUCUUGCAACUCAGGGCAAAUCUUUCGACUUCUUCAGUGAUACACCGUUUGGGAAAACAAUCGGAAGUGUGAAUAGCAGUCCUCGAUUGUGAACUGUAACAAUAAGAAGUCUGUUUACUUGUGGCCGUAAUAAUGUGCUUGUUGGAGCGAGAUCAGUCAGUCAGUCACAUAGUUGCAGUAUGUGACGCCUGUGCUUCAAUGAGUUGUUCAAUGUGACAUAAGUUUUUCGUAACAAGUAGUUUAUUUUUAUUUAUUUCUUUUAAAGUGGCUGUAUGUGAAUAUGAAUACCGAAACAGUAUUGUGAAAAUUUUCAACUCGCAUAUAGUUAGUUCCAUUG